AUCAGAGGUUCUAAACGAACUUGCAGUAAAAUGUAGACAAUAAGUAUCAAAAAACUCUGGGAAAUGCUUUUAUAAAUGCUACAGAUUAUACAAUGGAAUUUCAAGCUGGUUUUCUGCCAAAGCCAUUCAGACAGAGAUUGAGCGAUCUUUGGCAUUCUAGAUACAGUAAACAUCGCUUAAGCUUCUGCUUACUAAAAUCAACAGCAGUGCAUCCCUUUUCUUAGCUUAUGAUACAACACUUUAUCACCGUGACCAACAAUAACUUGAUUUUCGGCGAUGGCACAAAACUUACAGUAAUGGGGAAGAACAAUAAAAUCAUACCUCCAGCUGUGGCCAUCUUUUCCCCAUCAAAGCAAGAGAUCCAACAGAAGAGCAAGGCCACACUGGUAUGCCUGGCCUCUGGUUUCUACCCUGACCACCUGAAUCUGGUCUGGAAGGUGAAUGGUGCUAAGAGGACAGAAGGGGUGGGGACAGAUGAGUUUUCCACAUGGAAUGGGAGUACCUACUCAUUGACCAGCCGACUGAGGAUCUCAGCCCAGGAAUGGUUCAACCCUUUGAACCGUUUUGAGUGUGUUGUCAUUUUUUUUAAGAAUGAAACACUGGAAUCGAUACACAAAUUAAUCUACGGUGAUGCUGGUUGUGCACUCACAGAAGAGUCCUACUUGCGGUAUGGAAAUUCUCUGAAGCUCACAUACUUCAUUCUCUGUGGCAAAGCCUUGCUCUAUGCAGUUUUGGUGAGCAGUCUGGUGUGGACAGCCAAGGCUGGUGACAAGUUGUGUAGAGAAUAAAUGAAGUGUCCUCUUCAUCACAUCGGCAAGAACACAGCAAAUUAUAAUUUCUACUUUUCCAUAGCAAAGGAUCUAUGCUUUUGUCUAAGAACUUCUGAGCAUUAUUUCUUGGUGAUUCUCUGUUCCCCUCCCAUUCCUUCUACUUUUUUCUAAUCACUUCUGGGUAACCUCUGUACUUCCAUAUCAUAUUGCGUUGUACCCUGUCGUAUCGUAUAGUAUUAUAACUUUAAAAUUAACACCUUCUUGUUGCUCAGAGGCUGAAGACCUACCUCCUUGAAUUAGAAAUAAAGUUUUAGCUUCUUUUCCAUUCAAAAAGCAAGAGUUGUUGUUUUUUAAUUUGGUCUUUUGUAGCAAUAAUGUCCUACAGCACAACUUCCGGUGAUGUGUAGUAUCAUAAGGAACUCGC